ACCUACGCCGAGAUCAGCGCGUCUCGCUUUCCGACCAGGCUCGACCUUGGGCCUCUACGGAUGCGAAUGAGAUAAAAGUGUUUUUUUCGGGGCACUCAUCUAUAUGGGAAUCCGGAAGGAACAAGCCACUGAGGGGUAUUGGCGCACAGAGAAAGAUGCGCACCUUGGCCCGCUGCAUCCAGUACGUCAAUAUAUGAGUCUUACGCGAUUCCAGCAGCUCAAGCGAUACUUACAAGUAUGACCGCAUAUGCCGAACCCUUCGGACAAUGAGUCUCGAGGUGAGACCGAGGGAGCCGAAUGCGAUAUCAAAGCUCUGUGGGGGAAGCUUGAGCCGCUGAUUUCCAGAUUUCCGGUCCGCCUUCAGAGAGAUAUCGCCAGCGCUCAAAGAACAUCUCGAUUGAUCAGUCAAUCAUACCACGCUCUGGACGAUCAAAUCACACGUACAAAAUGCAGGGCCAUACGCGAUACGUCGAUAUUGCGGAUCAGCUUCGCACAAGCUAUGAAGCCCCUCAUCAGCCUUGUGCUUGGUGGCCACUUUUCUUAUGGGUUAUUUAUGCAGCUGUGUCAAUGCCUGGCAAAUCAGCAGUAUACAUGCACAGCAGUCAAAACAAAGGAAACACACGCAGCUUCAAUUCCGACAGCAGCUUUUCCAGGCUUUAUUCCAAUGUCGAAGGGUGCCAACAUACCAGCCCAAGCCCAAGGCUGCACGUGCCCAGGUAGCCGAUUGGAUAGCUCUCUUGAGCAUGAGGUGGAGCGGACAGGCAAGCAGAUAGGGUGUACUUGGUGUCUCCAUAUAAACUAUAUGCGGCAGCGAAAACCCGUCUGUCUACCGAUAUUGCGGCCUAGCCUCAUUCAGUGGAAUUGUAAGGCCUGCAAGGUGCCUCUCUGCCCGCCUCAUUCAAGAAGUACUUGGUGGGAAGAUUUCCAUAGCUGGGUUGAGUAAAAGUUGAGUUGAAUCUUGUCAUGGUCAAUUCGGCUCCAUGGUUCAUUGUCCCGAAAGGCUUAGCCCAAUACGACGAUGGCAAGUAUUGCCGAUUCGACAGGACUCGUGGAAGUCAGCAUCAAGGGUUCUCGUUUUCAGCCCAAUCCUCUAUCCUCUCAUUUCCGAUGGAAUCAAUUUCAAAAGAGGGAGCAGUUUGGUGGAGUGCACUGCACCCCUGUCACUCCGCAGGUCGUAUUGUGCAACUGUAGCUCAGGUCCUGUCAACCGUGAGCAUUGCAUCAAAGUCGACUGCGAUUGCAAACUCUCCGAUUACAGUCAAGAUGCUUACAGCUUAAAUCGCAUCAUCCAUCAGUAGCCGACCGUGGGAUAAGACGUUCUCGGCCGCUUGAAUGUCAGUUUCAUCUGAAUAUGAACCAACCCCUGUCCAAGGUUACAUCACAAAAGUACUGU